UCAUACCCUCUGCACUCCUUUCCUCUGCACAUUACUCUCAUACCCUCCACACACUCCUCUCCUGUACAUAGAGCCCACUGUUAUGCUCUCCACAGUCCCCUCCUGUAUAUGCUGCCCACUGUCAUGCCCUCCACAUUUCCCCCCUGUAUAUACUAUUCACUGUCAUACCGUCUGCACUUCCCUCCUGUACAUACUGCUCACUGUCAUACCCUCUACACUCCUCUCCUGUACAUACUGCCCACUCUCAUACCGUCUACACUCCUCUCCUGUACAUGCUGCCCACUCUCAUACGUCUGCACUUCCCUCCUGUACAUACUGCCCACAGUCAUGACUUCCACACUCCCCUCCUGUCCUCCACACUCCCCUCCUGUACAUGCUGCCCACUGUCAUGCACUCCACACUUCCCUCCUGUAUAUACUGUCCACUGUCAUACCAUCUGCACUCCCCUCCUGUACAUACUGCCAACUGUCAUACUGUCUGCACUCCUCUACUGUACAUACUGCUCACUGUCAUACCCUCCACACUCUUCUCCUGUACAUACUGCCCACUCUCAUACCGUCUGCACUCCUCUCUUGUACAUACUGCUCACUGUCAUACCCUUCACACUCCUCUCCUGUACAUACUGCCCACUGUCAUACCCUUCACACUCCUUUCCUGUACAUAUUGCCCACUGUCAUACCCUUCACACUCCUCUACUGUACAUACUGCUCACUGUCAUACCCUCCACACUCCUCUCCUGUAUAUAUUGCCCACCGGCAUACCCUCCACACUCCUCCCCUAGAA